UGAAGCGAGGCAGCAGAGUCCCGGUGCUCUGGCAAAGAAAACGAGAAAAAGAACGGAACAGAAUAUAUUUGUUCUUAAACGACACCUUCUGUGCCGGCUAAAGAUAUGAAUGUUUGAGGAUUUUGGUGUUUAAAACGCCUAUUAAAGAAAGAAAAUGGACUCGAACCGGCCUGCUGUUUGCUAAAGCCAGCUGCUUCAUCGUUGCUUUUCUGCAUGUUCUCGUAUAAAGUGCUGUCUUUUUUUAGUUCAGCUGACCGUCUGACGCUGUUUCCGUUUUUAAAGACCUCCACCCUUUAAAUCCAAGCCUCAUUCCUGUAUCACAAACUAACUCAAAUUCAACCUCAACAGCACAAAGUCCUGCAUCACCACCACCACCAUCAUCAUCAUAUUGGCGGUGUUGCAGGAUAAUAUGUCUGAACGGUGUUGCCUAGAGACCCCGGGUUCAGCACACCGGUCUGUUUCUUAUGACACCCUUUCCUGUGGGCUAAAGUCGCCUUUGUGUCUCGUCUGCUAACCUUGUGGACCACCGGUGGGUGAAUUUUGCUCCAAAAGGAGGAAAUAACGACGAGCUGAACGUUUUGACUGUCUGAAGGGCUUUUUGUGGACCCCAGUAUAUUUGGGUUUACAUCAUCGGUCAACAUCUGGGUCAGAGGACAGAACGUCAAGUUUCCAUGGAGACGGUAUCGGCUCUUGGCCUAAAGCGCAGAUUUGAGGAGGUGGACAGUGGCUCACCAUGCUCAACGCUUAAAGAAUCAGACGACGACGUGUCGAGCAGCGACAGCGUGGAUAGCUGUGACAGCCUCAAUGCCCCCUGCAGCUCUCUCACACCCACCUCCAUUCUUAGGAGGCAAAAAACCUCUCUUGGCCAUAAGCGGGUGCGGUUUGACGCAGUGACGGUUUACUAUUUCUCCAGAAGGCAAGGCUUCACCAGUGUCCCUAGCCAAGGUGGCAGCUCACUGGGCAUGGCACGGCAUCACUGUGCUAUACGUCAGUAUACACUGGGGGAAUUUGCCCGUGAGCAGGAAAGUAGCCACCGCCACAUUCUACGCCAGCACCUGCGUCAAGAGAAGCUGAAUGCUCGCAAGAUGAAGUUGACACGGAACGGCACAGUGGAUUGUGCCCAGGCUGACCUGCUGACACUGGAUGAUGUUUCUGAUGAGGAUCUGGAUGUGGAGAGUGUCGAGGUGGACGAUUGCUUCUUCCUACAGCCACUGCCUACCAAGCGGCGACGGGCGCUGUUGCGUGCCUCGGGUAUCGCCCGCAUUGAUGCCCGAGAGAAGAUGGAGCUGCGUGCCAUCCGGCUGUCACGUGAGGAAUGUGGCUGUGACUGCCGUUUCUACUGUGACCCACACCAAUGUGGAUGCAGCAGAGCAGGCAUCAAGUGCCAGGUGGACCGCAUGUCCUUCCCAUGUGGCUGUUCUCGUGAUGGCUGCCAUAAUGCAGCAGGACGGAUUGAAUUCAACCCUGUCCGUGUUCGCACUCACUUCUUACACACAAUUAUGAAACUAGACCGGGAGAAGAGACAUGUGCUAGGCUCAAAACCUGGAGAAGACUGUGGGAAGGAAACCGAGCUGAAUCCUGGUCCUUCAUGUGCCCAUUCUUCACUAGAUUCUGGAGUAGAGAUGAAGACGGAGUCCUCGAGUGAGCAGGAGCUAUUAGAGGAGCACUGCCAUAGCCUGGAGCAUGAGAAUGAGACGGCAGUGCUCCACCUGCAGAGUGCUGAGGAGCAGGCAAGGAGACGGGAGCAGGAGGAGGAGGCCCACAGAGAGGAGGUGCAGAGUCCCAGUCCAAAAUUGUGUCUCUUGCACGAGGAGCUGAGCAGCCAGGAGGAGGUUGAGAGUAUGGUUGAGGUAGACCAAAUGUUCUUUCAGGACACUUUUCCAGGAGGAGCAACCCUGCUAUGCAUUAAGGAGAACCAGGAAGAUGCUCACAGUCUGAAUGAGUCAGCUUCUGUUCUCUAUUAUCAGAUAGACCAUGUAGAGACAGCCACAUUUAAGACUCAUGACAAGCAAGAAGAGGAGCCCAGAAAAGGUCAAGAACCACAAGGUGGACAAGUAGAAGGAGAGGCCAGGAGCAAAUGUCACAAAUAUCAAACCUGCAGGCAGGAUCAGAUUGAGAGCUCUGCUUCUGACCAACCUUCAUGUCCAGAGAGCAUUAAAGAGGCUGAUGAGGGCCACUCCAGCUCUGAACAUGGCCCAAGUGGCAUAGAUUUUCAAGAGACUUGCUCACUGGUGGAAGAAAAGGCAAUAAAACUUCCUCCGGAGGUUUAGAGCCUGGCAAUGCUGCAGAUAUUUUGCACAAGAUUUAUAGUGAAGAUCAAGACAGCCAACUCGUACACUGAGAGAUGUUAACAGUUACUGACAUUGGUUGGUUUGUGUUUAGAAAUAAGCAUGCACUAUAUUUGAUGUAGGACUUUCAAAGUUUUAUUGAAAGAAAAAAUAGAAUAAUAAAUUAUUCAUAUAUAAUAGAACAUAAACAAAGCAGAGAGGGAGGAUUUGGUGGAACUUGAGGGAUUGCAUAUUUUUUCCGUUGCAGUACCAGUUCAGUAUUUGGUACUGGUGGAAAUUGUGGCCUUUAUGCCUAGGAGCAAACAGGAUGGCCCAGGUAGGUCCUUGCAGCUUUGGUAAUGCCUUGAUUUUUUUUUUUUUCAGUGGAUUAACUCACUGAUGCAUUCAGAUUAUUAACCAUAAAUCAGUAGCUUGAAAACGCUCCAUGGGUGUUGGUGAGAUUUCAGUAGUGAAGCUGAACAAGGGUCCCUGAUAGCCACCAUCUUGAUCAAUAGACAUUACUCUGGAAAUACUUGGUUUUGAUGUACUGUACAACUGUUUGCUAAGAGCAACUGACAGGGAAAAGAGAGAAUCAUGCACAUUAAAGACUUAAAGUUAAGCAGCAUGAUAACUUAUUGUGCAAUUAUUUUGCACAGGUAUUAACAUUAUAUGGCCAGAGGUUUAUGGACACCUGACUAUCACACCCGUAUGUGGUUCUUCCCCAAACUAUUACCACAAAGUUGGAAGCGCACAAUUGUCAAGGAUGUCUUUUGUAUGCUGUAACAUUACAGCUUUCUUUCACCAGUCCAAAGCUGUUCCAGCAUGAUGCCCUAGGACACAACCAGGUCUAUGAACACAUGGUUUGCCAAGGUUGGAGUGGAAGAACUCAAGUGACCUGCACAGAGCUUGAACCUCAACCCCAAUGGGAUGAAUUGCAGUGCCAGUUUCACCCCUGACCUCCUCACCCAACAUCAGUGCUUGACCUCAUGCUAUUCCCUUGUGGCUGAUUGAACACACAUCCCCACACCUACAUUCCACAAAAUAUAGUGGAAAGCCUUCCCAGAAGAGUGGAGCUGCUUAUAACAGCAAAGGGGAGCAAAUCUGGAAUGGGAUGUUCAACAAACACACAAGUGUGACAGUCAGGUGUCCAAAAACCUUUGGCUAUAUAGUGGAUUUGCUUGAUAGAAGCUUUUGAUGGAACCAAUCACAGAUCUUCGAGUAAAGGUAUGAACUGGUGCCAAAUGAGCUGUUAAAUGAGAAUCUUUUUGUUUUUGUGAAACUGUUUAUUGGAUGCAAAGAAUAAUGUGAAAUUCUUGAAUUAUAAAAGUGAAGGUUCUGAAAUUCAGAUUACGUUUGACCACUGUUAAAACUCGUGUAAAGAAAGUUAAAAAAAAAAAAAAACCUCUAAUACCACUAUUUUAACAUAGAACCCAAAAUACAUAAUGUAUUACUAAAAUGUUUCACAUACAUUUAUUAUAAAUUUGUGAUGCAAAGUCCUUCUAGAUGAAGGAAUGGCCUCUUUCGAGUAACAGGCCUGCUUUCAGUAAUUGCUUAAUCCUGGUCAGGUUCACAGUGGAUCAGGAGCCCAUCCCAGGAAGACUGUGGACCACCCAGUCUGCUGGGUGGUGCAUCACAGAGCACCACAUGCGUGCACACACACGGAGUAGCCAAGCCACCUGCCUGGAUGUUUUUGGGAGAAAAUGUUACGGUACAGACAGUAACCCAAGCACGGGAUCGAACCAGGACCUUGGAGCUCAAAUAUUCAUACAGUGUAUUUCAUUUAACAAACUUUUUCAUCACUUCAUAUUAUCUCCAAGUUCUGUGAUGCUUAGGGUCAAGCAAAGUGAUUUUAGCACAGAAUAGCCCACAAUGCUUUAGUUUUUCUGGAGUCAUUAGGGCAAUGGCAACUAUGAUUUCAGUCACUGCUAAUCAUAAACUUUUGGUUAAUGAGAUUACCGGUACAUACAUUUUAUUUGCACACCAGGUCUGUGUGCAUUUAAUUUUUUUUUUCUCCUUUUGUAUGUUACUGUAUACAUGUUCACUCUUCUGAUCCCCAAAACCCAGAAAUGUAGGAAGGGCAGCAGUCUGUAUAGAAACUUAGAAAAACUGUGGCUUGGACACCGUUAGCUGGGAAACAGGCUACGUACAGUGCCGCAUUGGUUCAAAAAGUUUCACCAUUUUUAAGUUUUAACACAUUCAAUUUUUUGUGCUAAUAUACAGUAAAUCUGCAGGCCUUCUCAGUGCUGUUCAGUGCUCAAAGCAUAGAAUGGUUUUACACUUGGGAAAAGAAACUUUGUACACUAUCACAAAUUAAUUUCUUAUACCUUGCCCUGUUGGAAUUUUGACAGACAUCGAGACCUCAAAUUUUUAGUUAAAUUUUGUGUUGUGCUUUAAAAAAAUGUUCA